AUGGGUGCCGAUAGCAAUCUCCGGGUCCUGCACACCGCCCUUGUCACGCCAUCCGACGACGACCUCCCGCCGCACUCCCUCCCGCUCACCUUCUUCGACGUCAAAUGGCUCCGCGGGCCGCCCGUCCAGCGCCUCUUCCUCUACCGUCUCCAGGAUCACCACCACCACCACGGCAAUGUCCAGCAGCUCUUCUCCGACCUCAGGGCAUCCCUCUCCAAGGCGCUCAACCUCUUCUACCCGCUCGCCGGCCAUGUCUGUCUCGCCCCCCACACCAACCGCUACGAGCUCUUCUACCAGCCGGGCGAUGGCGUCUCCUUCACCGUCGCCGAGUACGACGCCGACAUCGACGAUCUCACCAGCGAUGGCCCCGUGCAGGUCGCCAUGCUCGCGCCUCUCGUGCCGUCGCUUCCCAAGGGCCGCGCCGUGCUCGCCCUGCAGGCCACAGUGCUGCUCGGUGGGCGGGGCCUCGCGCUCGGCGUAACUAUGCACCACACCGCCGGUGACGACGCCAGCUCCACCCACCUCCUGCACACCUGGGCCGCCCUCUGCAACGGUGCUGUCGAAAUGCCGCCGCCACCCGUGUUGGACCAUACGCUCGUCGCUGACCCCAGGGGCCUCUACCACAUCUACUGCCAAGGAAUGCCCAGCGGCGGCAACGAGAUCGAGUUCGUGACCACCAGCGUGUCCUCUGUCCCCGACGACCAGCUCGUCGCCACCUUGACGCUGUCUCAAGAAAUCCUAACUGCCAUCAAGGACGCGCUCGCCGGAGAGGCGACGAGGCACGGUGCGCCGCCGCGGAGAUGCUCGUCGACGCUCGCCGCCUACAGCUUCAUCUGGUCCUGCUACUACCGAGCCAAACAGGAACAGGAACAAAGCCAAGCAAAAACAACCCACUUCCUCUUCUCCGUGGAUCACCGGGCGCGGUUGAAGCCGCCCCUCCCCGCCACAUACUUUGGGAACUGCAGCAUCCCGGCCAUUGCCGUCGCGUGCCACGACGAGCUCACGGCAUCCGGCACGGGAGGCCUCUUCCGGGCAUUCACGGCGAUCGCGAACGCGCUCGAGGAAGUGGUGGGUGAGGGGUCGCAGGAGAGGUGGGACGGAUGCGGCAAGAGGGUGAUGGAGGCCGCAAAGGCCGGCAUGAUGUUCGUGGUGGGGUCGCCGAGGUUCCGCGUGUAUCAGGUCGACUUUGGGUUCGGAAGGCCGGCAAAGGUGGUGGCGGUGUCUGGAGCGAUGCCUGGCGCGAUGCCGGUGGCAGAUGCACGCAACGGCGAUGGUGGUGUCGAGGGAGGUGAGGAGGGGCCUGAAGAGCGGGGACUCGAGGAGCAUACCCAGUACGCCUUGGUGGCGAACGGAAUCCCCUUCCUCCUCCUUUGCAGAUUGGCGCACGGCCGAGGCGGCGACCGGCGCAUAGGCCCACGCGCACCCGAGGUGGCGCAAGUGCAGCGCGAGACACUGCUGUUUGCCCCGUGCCUCCUCCGGCGUCGGGGGCAACGAGGAGGAGGUGUCGCCGCCGCGCGCAAGCAGAAGACGCAGCGGGAGGAAGAAGAAACGACUUUGGAGGUGAAAGAGGGGAGAUUUGGGAGGCAGACAAGGGGGCCAGGGGAGCUGCGCGAGGCAGGAGGGAGCGGUGGUGUAGGCAUCCCCGGUGGCGGAGGAGGACGCGCGGGAGAGCAGGGGAGCAGCACGGCGAAGCUGAGCAGGGGAGCUCCGGCGUCGAUGCGCCGUGUCGGAGUGGCGGGCUUGGAAGGCUUUCUUGUGCCGAUGUUUGAGCUGGGCCUACUCUGCUCCAGCGACUCGCUUGACCAGAGAAUAACCAUGAGCAAUGUAGUCGUGAGAUUGAAGAAGAUCAAAGUGGAGUACACCAAAGCCAUAGGAGCAGCAGCAGCAGAACGGAGUGCUGCCCCAUGA